AUGUCAAGCUUCCGCAGCACGCCACUCUUUGGCGGGGCGCUUAUCGUCGACCUCCCCUCAACCUUCGCCGACGUCAGCACAAUUCGUCAAGUCCCUGAUCAUCAAGAAGUUUACCUGGACAAAGAUGGCUUCACAAGCAUCAUCUUCGACAUCACCGAGCGCGUCGGCACCGCUGGAAGCGGGCCCGCCGUCGAUGGCGCAGCGCUCACAACCCACCUAGAAGAUAUUGUCGAUUCAGACGUCGAUACCGUGAAAGUGUGGAACACUUCUAACACGCAGUUCUCCAAGCUCCCGUUCGUCCCCCUCUCCUCCCGCACUCCUAUCCUGUUGAAUAGAGAAGGCAUACCAGCCUACACGCUCAUCGCGACGCAAACGCCGCCGCCGGCGCCAGACUCCAAGAGCCCUGAUUUCACGGCUAUUGUGUUGACGCUUAUCCGGUUGGAGAGGGAGAGCACUGAUGUCUUGAUCACCAUUAACGUGCCGCAUAUCAAGGGGGAGUAUACGCAAGAGGAGGUUGAUAUGGAAAUGGGGAAGCAGGGGAAGCUUAUUGAGAGUUCGGUGGAGAUUGCGGCGAGGAUUUGGGAGACGUUUAAAAUUAAGGAUUGGGGUCUUUUUAAUGAGGUUUAG